AUGAGCUCUCGGGCCCUUAACUGGCCGCGGACUGCACAGUCCUCGCUAGUGAAGCAAAAUGCCGCUCGCUCCCAUGAUUCCAGCAUUGUGCGCCCGGCACAAUUGCUUCCUCGUGCUCAGCAGAUUGCCGAGUUCUCUAGCUCUUGCCAAAGUCACGAACGAUUAGGGCGUCGCGCCCAAGAGAAGCUACUCGAUAAGGAAUUCUUCCUGAGCCUGCUAAACUCUGCUGCGACCAAGCGCGAAGCAAAGCAAUACCUGUCUCGCUUCAAAGCCAGCCCUCCCAAGUCAGAUCCUAAGCCAGCGGAAGAAACCUACAGAGAGCCCUCGGAGUCUUUACCGUCCGGGGUAAAUUUGGGAUCUUUCUAUGGAGCCUCCCGCGCCGUCUAUGACAGUCCGGUGUUCCGACAAAAUACAACCCCGGCUCCUCGCGGGCAAGAGCCAGCCGAGCGACUACAUAUGGCCCUGAUCAAGAUCACUACUCCUCAAUCCCUCGAUGAUGCAACUAUCACGGGGGUGGCUAAGACCCUGUCGCAACUCGUUCGUCUGGGUAUGGCAUGUUGCGUCGUUAUCGACCCGGGGAAUAUAGAUGACGGUGCUGCGGUGCGACAAGUUGCUAUUGAGCAGGCUAAUCGGAUCUCGUCGGCGGUCGACGGGCAGCCCGACUCGAGAUCAUUCCGCCUGGACUCGGUAUUAUCGCUUUCAGAGAACGGCUCCGGUCACCCGACAGUCAUGUCACGAAAGAGUCUGCUGAACCCUCUUCGCGACGGACGCAUCGUCAUUGUCACACCGAUUGCGUACAUGGAGGAGAAUCCGAAGGCUGUUCCAGUGACGGCGAAUGAGGCUGUCGUAGCAUUGACGAAGGAAUUUGCCGGGCUGUCUGCCUCCUCGGACCCUGACGAGGACCCCACGGUCGCGGCGGAGAGGAUCAGCAGGUUGCAGAAGGAGGUUUCCCUGGAUCGAGUGAUUCUUCUGCACCCUCUUGGAGGCAUUCCGGCAUUUAAGGGCCCUCAAUCAUCCCAUGUCUUCAUCAACAUGGAGCAAGAGUAUGAUGAGAUCGAGGAAGAGUUGAUGGAGACGCGAAACUCUCUUGCCGGGGAGGGAAGUGAAACAGUCGCUCGAAGGGACCCCGGGCUUGCGUCCUCUAUCUUGGAGAGCAAUCCUCUCUCCAUGUUCGUAAAUCAAGAGGUAUUUUCGUCUCUUCCAGGACAUUCGGAGCAGCUCCCUGGUGCCCAAGCCAUAGGCCAUGUUUUGGAUGGCCAUAUGGAGAAUCUCCGAUUAUCACGACAGACUCUAGCCAUGCUCCCGUCAGCCUCGUCCGGCAUUAUCACAUCCCCACAGGACGUCGCCAAUUCUUCUCGUACACCGCAGACAGAUGCGUCGGACUUAUCUGCCGUUGGAACUCGUCGCCAGCGCAAUCCCCUCAUCCACAGUCUCCUCACAGACAAACCUCUCCUGUCAUCAUCGUUACCGCCAGGGCGUCGUGGUGAUAGCAAAGGCGGGCCCAGUGCAAUCAGCCCACUGACUUCUCACACUACCUUUAUCAAGCGUGGCAUGCCUUUGUCCGUUCUCCCGGAUCCGUGGGUGCAGAUGUGGACUCCUCAGCGUCAGCGUGUGCAACUAAAUGAUCCUUCUAUCGACCUACCCCGUCUCGUCCAUCUUAUUGAUGAUUCAUUUGACCGCAAGCUUGAUGUCAAGAAAUAUCUGGAGCGAGUGAAUGACCGUAUUGCCGGUCUCAUCAUUGCCGGAGAAUACGAAGGCGGCGCAAUUCUCACCUGGGAAACACCGCCUGGUGUCGUCGACGACGGCAGCGAGGAGAGUGCCGCCCGCAUGGUCCCAUAUCUGGACAAAUUCGCAGUCCUCAAGCGCAGCCAGGGUGCAGGUGGAGUCGCCGACGUGGUAUUCAAUGCAAUGGUGCGCUCAUGCUUCCCGAACGGAGUCUGCUGGCGUAGUCGCAAGGAUAACCCGGUCAACAAAUGGUAUUUCGAGCGAUCGUGUGGCACCUGGAAGCUUUCUGACAGUAACUGGACCAUGUUCUGGACCACACCUGGACUGCCAGAAGACAUGCAGAAGUUCCAGGACUACGAAGCUGUGUGCAGGAUGAUUCAGCCGAGCUGGGCGGACAACAAAAGCAUUGUCGAUUGA